UAUGACGCCGCGACCGGCAACGUCACAGAGGUGAUAAAUACGAGUCGUGAGGCCGAGCGGCGUCGUGUCCGCUGUGAAGUCAGAGAAGAGACGUGAAGCACGAGCGAACCUGCUUCUGUUGUUGUAGUUGGAAAACAUGGAGGUCAGCGCCGAGGCCAAGAGGAUCAUGGUCGUGGCUCUGGGGAAACUGUACAGCUCCCGCAGCCAGAGAGGAGGUCUCCGCCUGCACCGGAGCCUCCUGCUCACCCUGGUCAUGAAGUCCGCCCGGGACAUCUACCACGAGGCCCAGGCGACGGCGGAGGGUGUCGAACCCGGCUGCGAACAACAACAGCCGGCGGCGGCUCAGGGGAACACGGAGUCCUCUUGUGUGGAACUCCGGGGUCCCGCUUCGCUCCGGACUUUACCCCGAGAGGAAGUCGUUGCUCCCCGCACGGAGGACAAGGAGAACCGGUGCCCGAGCGUCACCGUCGCGGCUCAACCGUCGAGGAAGAGACGAGGCAAAGCGGCCGCCGAGCCGGAUUUCCUCCCGUGUAAGAAAGCGAAACUGGAGCAGACGAGCUGCCCCCAACAGCUGCUUGUGAGCCCGGUGCUCAUGGACUAUAUGAACUGUAGCAGCCUGGGAGCGCACCCAGCCCCCAUGCCCAUACACAGAGCCAUAGCAGCGUGUUGAAACCCAGAACAGGGGGAUAUGAACUUUUCCCACAGGAGCCUGAACGCACCCGACAGCGGGCCAGUACCCGGGGGGUCACACGGAUAAACACCGCGGGGGUGGUGGAUCCUGGAGAGGCCCCCCGGGCCCGGACGUGACUCCCAACAAGCCCGGACAUGCUCCAGGAAUCACGGAAGCGGAUGGAUGAGAAGUCCUCAGUGACUUUAGGCCUGAACAGGAGCCACAGCUCGGAGCUCAGCUGGAGUGGUGCUUCCCCGGGACCAGGCCUCAAACCUGCCUUUAUGAACAACAAUGAACUUUACAUGAACAUCUGUGUGAGCCCUCAUCUGCUCAGAUGUGUUGUUGUUGGAGUGUGUUGUGUGGAGGCCUUCAUGCUGACUGAAGGUGGCAAAGUGUAAAAAACAUUGGAUGACUGCAUCUACCUCAGUAUUUAUUAAACCUUUUCUACUCGCAAAGAAA